AUGCGCAUCGUGUCGGACCCCGCGUUGGAAGCGGUCAAUCAGCGCAUUCGCGACGACUGGGUGAGGGCUUGCGCGCUGUGGACCGCCGAGAAGGAGAUUCGGGAGUGGAGGGAGCGGCUGCGGGAGACGGUGGCGCAGCUGCAGGCCGCGCUGAGGGAGCUGGAUGAUGCAUUAAAGGUGGUACGGAGCUCGUAUAGCAGAGCGAUGGGGUUGUGCGUGGAGAGCGUGGAGAAGGAGCUGGAGAACGGGAUGGUGAAGGAUUGUGGGAAUGGGUCGUGUACGCUGACGAACGCAAUGCUGAAGGACUUCAGUGGCUUCAGCUGCUCGAUGAUGACGGGAAACUUUUUUACGAUCUCUGUGCUGCUGACAGCAGGCACGGUGUUCGGAGUUCUUUUCGUGCUCUCGUUUUUCAGCUUCUCGCAUAAGGUUUCGUAUCAGUCGCUCGAAAAGGAAAUGGAAACUCGUGCUAAAAUGAUAGUGGCGCUGAGUGCCGAUUUGAUGAAGAAGAAAGCAGACUAGAUACUAAAUCAUUUAUAAUUUUCCA